AUGACGACAGACAGACUCUCCGCGCUACCGGCAGGACUCUUGCUCCACGUACUUCUGCACCUACCGGAUCUGAAGACUUUGUAUGCUGGAACGCUCGCAUCGCCGCGACUAUGGGCCAUCUUCCAUCAGAAUUCGGACCAAGUCUUCUGGUCUAUCGUCAACAGUACGUCGGUUGGCCUCAUUGGACCAAUCGUGUUGUACAUCAAAGUCCGCGCUCCAGGCUCCCAGGACGACAUCGAGCUGCUCACCUCCGCCGACGUCGAAGCGAUUGAUAGAGCCAGAGCGCUACCAUCCUGGAGCCCUCUUCCGCAUGACGAAAAGCUAUUCCACCUUGUCGCCCAAGCAGUCCGUAUCCAUGACCUUGUUUCCUGGGUCCUCCGCACCAAGUUGGACUACCUUACUACACUCACAUACUACAAAGUUGAGAAUUCCGACCCGUUUUCGCACCACAACCAUCUAUUCCCGAGGCCGGCGCUACAGACCAUUCCAACUCCUGCUCAUCUCGAGGACCCGAGCUGGGUGGAGGAGACUCGUGCUGUUCGUGCUGUAUGGUUGCUCGCUGCUGCAUGGCGCUCAGGACGCUGCAGUGAGCACGAUGUGGCCACCGGUGCACUCUUUCCCGACCACGAGCGACGAAGUAUUGCACCGACGGCUCGGGAACUCAGGAGGAGCAUACUGAGUUGCUCCACGCUACAAAAUCGUGAUCCGUCGACUAGUAGUCUUGAGACCACGACUGCCGAUCACACCGAAACCGACAGCGGCGAUCUAUCUGUUCUGGAAUGCUAA